GUCUCCUAUGUGAUUAGGGAUGAAGUGGAGAAGUAUAACCGGAAUGGGGUAAAUGCACUUCAGCUGGAUCCAGCACUAAAUAGACUCUUCACAGCAGGCCGGGACUCUAUUAUAAGGAUAUGGAGUGUCAAUCAGCACAAGCAAGACCCGUAUAUAGCAUCUAUGGAACAUCACACAGACUGGGUAAAUGAUAUUGUGCUCUGCUGCAAUGGUAAAACUUUGAUAUCUGCUUCUUCAGAUACUACUGUUAAAGUGUGGAAUGCACAUAAGGGAUUUUGCAUGUCAACACUAAGGACACAUAAGGAUUAUGUGAAAGCCUUAGCCUAUGCAAAAGAUAAAGAGCUGGUAGCAUCUGCCGGGCUGGACAGACAGAUAUUCCUCUGGGAUGUAAAUACUCUGACAGCACUGACUGCCUCAAAUAACACCGUAACAACUUCUUCCCUGAGUGGGAACAAAGACUCUAUCUACAGCCUUGCAAUGAAUCAAAUGGGAACAGUUAUUGUAUCAGGGUCCACUGAAAAGGUUCUGAGAGUGUGGGAUCCGAGAACUUGUGCAAAACUAAUGAAACUCAAAGGGCACACGGACAAUGUAAAAGCUUUGCUGUUGAACAGAGAUGGCACCCAGUGUCUUUCAGGCAGCUCUGAUGGGACUAUCCGCCUGUGGUCCCUUGGGCAGCAGAGAUGUAUAGCCACAUAUCGAGUCCAUGAUGAAGGUGUUUGGGCUCUGCAGGUCAAUGAAGCCUUCACUCAUGUUUAUUCAGGAGGAAGAGACAGGAAGAUUUAUUGUACAGAUUUACGAAAUCCUGAUAUCCGUGUGCUAAUCUGUGAAGAAAAGGCACCAGUUCUUAAGAUGGAACUUGAUAGAUCAGCUGAUCCUCCUCCAGCACUUUGGGUUGCAACAACUAAAUCCUCUGUGAAUAAAUGGACUUUGAAGGGAAUUCAUAAUUUUAGAGCAUCUGGAGAUUAUGAUAAUGAUUGUACCAAUCCUAUACCACCCCUAUGUACACAGCCUGACCAAGUUAUAAAAGGGGGUGCUAGUAUUAUUCAGUGCCACAUUCUUAACGACAAGAGACACAUAUUAACCAAAGACACAAAUAAUAAUGUGGCAUACUGGGAUGUCUUGAAGGCAUGUAAAGUUGAAGACCUUGGGAAAGUAGAUUUUGAAGAAGAAAUUAAGAAGAGGUUUAAAAUGGUGUAUGUGCCAAACUGGUUCUCAGUAGACUUAAAAACUGGGAUGUUGACAAUUACUUUGGAUGAAAGUGACUGCUUUGCAGCCUGGGUUUCAGCAAAGGAUGCUGGAUUUAGCAGUCCAGAUGGUUCUGAUCCAAAAUUAAACCUUGGAGGGCUUCUGCUACAAGCACUCCUAGAGUAUUGGCCUAGAACACACAUCAAUCCGAUGGAUGAGGAAGAAAACGAAAUAAAUCAUGUGAAUGGUGAGCAGGAGAACAGAGUCCAGAAAGGAAACGGAUACUUCCAAGUGCCACCACACACACCGGUUAUUUUUGGUGAGGCUGGAGGACGCACUUUGUUCAGGUUGUUAUGUCGGGAUUCAGGUGGUGAAACUGAAUCUAUGCUUCUUAAUGAAACUGUGCCACAAUGGGUGAUUGACAUCACUGUGGAUAAAAAUAUGCCCAAAUUCAAUAAGAUUCCCUUCUACCUCCAACCUCAUUCAUCAUCAGGGGCAAAAACUCUAAAAAAAGACCGACUGUCGGCAAGUGAUAUGCUUCAGGUGAGAAAAGUGAUGGAACACGUGUAUGAGAAAAUCAUAAACUUGGAUAAUGAGUCUCAGACAACUAGCUCUUCCAAUAACGAAAAGGCAGGAGAACAAGAAAAAGAGGAGGACAUUGCUGUGCUAGCAGAGGAGAAGAUUGAACUUCUGUGCCAGGACCAGGUUUUGGAUCCGAAUAUGGACCUUCGAACUGUAAAGCACUUCAUUUGGAAGAGUGGUGGUGAUCUGACGCUUCAUUAUCGCCAGAAAUCAACGUGAAGGGAGUGGUGGACCCAAGUGGUUACUUAUUUACUUGACCAUGCUGUACUGGUUCCAAGAGUAGUGCUAUAGAAGCCCACUGAACCCCUAAGGUAGAUGAGACUUCUAAUGACUCAGUAUGGAUGGAAGGUAUACGUUUAAUUGAAGUGACUAAUAGCUCUGUAAUAUAGAGGAAAAAAAAUCUAUAUGACUUAAACUAAAGUUUGUCCUAGUCUCAGCCAAUGAGAUGGGGAGUCCCUGAGUGGUUUGUGUUGUGUGAGGUGUACAGAGAACGGAUGAUAAUCCAGUGCAGACUUUUGCUUCCUCCUUUUCGCUUUUGUUUUUCCAGAACACAAUGUCCUCAUCUCCUCAUGCUUGAUAUGAAACCAUUUUGGCCACAUUAGUCGCUGUGUUCACAAGGUAGUUCAGAACUGCACACAAGGUAUUUUUAGUACAUUCCAUUCAUAAAGUUCC